AUGUACCAUCCCAAAUGCAUAAACUUAGCCGAAUAUGAUAUUGCCAAAACAAUUGAACCCAAACCAUAUUUGGUAAUAUUGUGUGAAUUGUGCCGCGAUAAGCUUGUCUCUCUUAGACACAUUGAAGAACACAUAAAAGAAAUAAAAGCUAAUUUCGAUCAGCUUGGUGUCAAAUUUGAAAAAGUAUUGAACAGUGACUCAAAAGAUAACAGUGACAAUAAAAUUAUAUCAACAAUUAAAAAAACAAUUAAUGAAAAUUUAAACAGUGAUAAAAAAUCAUAUGCUAGUGCUGUAAAGAAGAGUACCAUAAUUAUAAAACCAAAGGAGCACCAGAAUGCAGAGAAAACCAAAUCGGAAGUGAAAUCUAGUGUUAACCCAGGAACAUCUUCAAUACAAGUGUCGGGAAUUAAAAAAGUUGAUAAGGGUGCAAUUGUGGUCUCAUGCGAGAAUGAUGAAUCGAUGAAAAGAGUGAGAGAUAAAGUUGAAGAGAACCUGGGACAGAAAUAUGAUGUGAAUGAGUUAAAAAGAAAUAAUCCAAGAGUGCAAAUUUUUAAUUUAUCUGAGAAAAUGGACGAAAAUGAAUUGAUUAAUUGUUUGAAAAACCAGAAUGAAAUUUUGAAAGAUGUUAACUUAGUGUGUAAAGCCAUGUGGAAAAAACCAAAUAAAAAUUCGUAUACAGCAGUGAUUGAAUUGGAUAGCAAGAGUUUUAAUGAAGUAAUGAAAGCUGGUAAACUAAGUGUUGGAUGGGAUAAAUGUUUAGUGAAAGAAUCAUUUUAUGUUAAGAGAUGUUUUAAAUGUCUGGGAUUUAAUCAUAACAGUAAGGAUUGCAAAGCUGAGAAAUGUAAUAAUCUGUUGAUACAGGAACAAUCUGGAUUUAGAAGUGGACACUCAUGUGAAACAGCGAUUAAUUGUGUUGUGUGGAACUGGAAGAGGAAGAUUGACUGUGGACAUUCGAUAGUGGCUGUGUUUCUUGAUUUGAAAAGAGCGUUUGAAACGAUUGAUAGGCAAAUAUUACUGAGCAAAUUACGUUUAUAUGGUGUAUGUCAUCGUGAAUGGAAAUGGUUUGAAUCUUAUCUUACCAAUAGAAGUCAAAGAACUAGUGUGAAUGGUGUGACAUCGGAUGCAAAAGUAAACAAUUUGGGAGUGCCGCAAGGUUCUGUUUUGGGAGUCAUGAAACUUUUUGCGGAUGAUAGUCUGAUUUAUAUUUGUGGUAAAAAUGGUGAAGAUAUGUGUGAGAAAUUGAAUGAUGACUUAAAAAGAAUUGAUGUAUGGCUGAAAAUGAACAAGCUUAAGGUGAAUGUAACGAAAACUAAAUAUAUGAAGUUUGGAAUGAAUGAAGAUAUUGAUGUGAAAAUGGAUAGUGAGUCUUUAAUUUGUGUUGAAAGCAUUAAGUAUUUGGGUUGUGUCAUAGAUAGAAAGUUGAAUCUAAAAGAACAUGCUAGUCAUAAAACUAAAGGAUAUCUCACAGGACGACUACAACAACAACCAACCAACGGACGGACAACGACGCCAUCAUAG